UUUGACAUAUUUCAGCAGUUGAAGAACGAGCUAUGGGUUGAUUGGUUGUUGUUGUUGAUUUUAUCUAUAGAAAUGGUCCAAUUACUUUAUAUUAUCGCCAGCUUACAUGUUUUAUUAUGUCCAUUUACAAAAGUAGAGGAAAGUUUUAAUAUCCAAGCCACACACGACAUUUUAUAUCAUCGACAUAACCUCUCACAGUACGAUCAUAAUGAGUUCCCGGGAGUGGUGCCGCGCACUUUCAUCGGUCCGCUAGUUAUAUCAUUACUUUCGGCGCCAGUAGUGUCGUUCUUCCAAUUUACCGGAAUACACAAAUUUUGGAUGCAAUAUGUAGUGCGUUUGAUGCUGGCUGCGUCAGUGAUAGGAGCAUGGACUCGAUUGAGGAAUGCACUGCUGAAGCAGUUUGGGAGUACUUACGCAUGGUGGUUCACACUGAUCACAGUUACUCAAUACCACUUCAUGUUCUACAUGAGCCGACCGUUACCUAAUAUUAUGGUGCUACCCUUAGUACUCCUAGCAUUUGAAGGAUGGGUGUCUGGCAAACAUAAACAAUUUAUUGUGACUGCUGGAGCCUCCAUUGUGAUAUUCAGAGCAGAGCUAGCCAUGCUGUUUGGUCUGUUCCUUAUCAUAGACCUGCAUUUCAAGAAGAUUGAUUUUACUACAUUGUUCAAGACUGUAGUGCCAGCAGGUGUGGGGCUAGUGGCUUUAACAGUGGCAGUGGACUCUAUAUUCUGGGGCCGAUUGCUCUGGCCCGAAGCUGAAGUCUUCUGGUACAACACAAUACUGAACAAAAGCUCAGAAUGGGGUACAUCACCAUUCCUCUGGUACUUCUAUUCAGCUUUACCACGAGGUUUAGGUCCCAGUUUAGUCCUGAUCCCAGUGGGGCUAUAUCUGGAUCGCAGGCUGAUCCAGUAUGCUGCACCAGCAUUUGUGUACAUAAUCCUUUACUCCUUCCUGCCACAUAAGGAACUGCGGUUCAUCAUCUACGUCUUCCCUUUGCUCAAUAUGGCGUCUGCGGCCGCCUGUUCUUAUGUGUAUGUAAGAAGAACAAAAGCACCGAUAUAUGAGUUGAUGUUCUGGGGCUCAGUGUUUGUGAUACUUGGCAACAUUAUCAUAUCAUUAGCUUUCAUUCUGGUCGCCAUGACUAAUUACCCGGGUGGAGUUGCUAUUACUAGAUUCCACAAAAUAAUGAAGAAUGAACCAUUCGUCCAUGUUCACAUCUGUAACUUAGCUGCUCAAACGGGUGUGACGAGAUUCACGCAAAUUAACGAUAGUUGGAGAUAUAAUAAGACCGAAUCGUUAGCUCUAGGACAAUUACAAGAUUAUACUCAUCUUCUUGUUGAAGCAAAAAGCAAGUACUCACCUAAUCUUAAAUACUUUGCCCAGACACAUGUAAUAUUAGAUAGUGUAGAAUCGUUCUCCCAAGUGGCUAUGAAUUACAAACUAAUGCCUCCCGUAAGAAUUAAAACAAAACCGGCCAUUUUCAUAUUAGAGCGUAAAGAUUUUCGUGAGUUUCCUUAUGGACACAAACUUGCGGCUGUAUCUGAUCUCGAUGCUCGCAUACAAAUAGAUGAAGCUGUGUCGGAUACUGAAACAGUUAUCGAUGUUGUUAACUAUGAUGAUAUCAAAGAAUUAGGACCUACGAAAUCGGAACCUGAAUUAGAUGUUGAAGUACAAACUGUCGAAGUUAACAUACCAUCUGAAAAUGAAAGUACAGUAGAGGUUACUAAAUCAACAGUCGACGAAGCAACACAAAAGCCUAGCGAUGAAGUCAUUGAAGAAAUAGAGGAAAAGAUACAGGAAGAGGUCAAAGUAGAUAAUAAACCUAAAUUACCAAAAGCAAAAAAAGCUUUUGAGGAGUUGAAGAUACUGAGACAAGAAAGGAAGAAGAAAGCUAUAGAGAAAAUUAAAACAGAAACACGUAAAGAAGUUGUAGAAUCAGCUAAAGAGAAACUGAAGGAAAUUAUGAAACGCCACAAACAUAUCGCUGAUGAGCUUUCAGAGAAUAUCAUAUCUGAUAUAACUUCUGAAAUAGAGGAGAAGGAUGGCAGAGGAGACAUACCUGAAACCGAAUUUAUUCCCGAAGAACCAAAAUCAGAUCUCGUAGAUAAAGAAGAAGAUAAAGGAGAAACCAAAGUACAGGGUGAUGCAGAAAUAAAAGAAGAAUUAAUAGACAAAGCUGAUAUUACAAAUAAAACAAAUGAAAAUAUAGAUACAAUCGUGGAAGAGGUUAUACUCAGAUUGAUUGAUAGAAAAAUUUACGACGACAAGACGAAACCGGAAGAUAUAAAGCCUGAAGACAGGCUCAUGAUACAGAAAAUUGUUGAAGAAGUCAUAUCAGAGAAACUGAAUUAUUCAAGUAUUGAUAGUAAUAAUAAAUGAGUGUGUGCAAAUGUAUUUGAAAACAUUGGCCCUGUUUUGUUUGAAUUUGAUCUCGACAUAAUUCUAAAGACGCGUAUUUUACGUACCUAUCCUGAAUCUACACACUUAAAGGUACAGUUGCAAAGGAAAUUUACCUUUGAGAUUCAAAGAAAAUCAAAGCUGAAAUCAAUUGUAUCAUAAAAGAUAAUUUUAAAGCGUCGUUUGUAAUACGGAGCAAAUUAUCCCUCUAUCUGUGUAUUAGGAACUUGCAAAAGUAGUAGGAGGGUACGCAGGCUUGAGAUUGAGAUUUAACGCAAAUCUGGAUAAGAUUUUAAGCAAAUAUUUUAUAGUUACCUACUUAUAGUGCCAAUUACCAAAUCGUGCCUUUAAAUGAUACUUAAGUUGUAUUCGUACAUGGAUGAUACGUACUGUGGAAUCUAAAAUGUAAAGUAUUUUCGUCAGUUGAAAUGUUUUCAUGCAAUUAUUUCUAUACCUUCUAUUUUAAAGGCCGACGACGCUCAUUCUGUCUCCUCUGGUGUAGCAGGUAUACAUGUGUGGUUCUGAUCACUUACCAAAAAAUUUGAUGUAUAAGGCUAAGGACUCACGACGCGAUUUUCUCCCGCGCCUGACGCGGUUGCGGACCCGCGGCCUUUGUAGAAUACAGAUAUGUAUGUAAAAAUCAAAGCAAUUUUCACAGCGCGUUUUACGCGGCGGUUGUGAUUGUUUACAGCCCGCAACCGCGGCGGCUAACACUCACGCGCUCUGCGGUCGCUCGGCGAGCGAUCUCAAAGUGACGGCUGAUUUAGAACUCAACUGAUUGUUUAAUCGCCCGCCGGUCUUGCGAUAAUUAACCGCUAAGUUCUCGGGCAAUAAUAGCAACCGUGGCGGCUGCAGAAUCGCAUAAAACUGCGGUCUUGUGAGUUUUGGAAAUUCCGCCUCCAUUCUGCCACCGCGGCGGGCGCUCGAGAAGAUCGCGCCGUGCCGUGAGUCCUUAUAAGCCCUCUAAAAGCCUGCUCUUUUUAAUGGGCGUACGGUCCGUGUGCCACAGACUACAAGCACAACCUCUUAUAUUAUUGAUAAAAAUAAAUGGGUGAUGACUUGCAUUUUGUUUCGGCUUUUGUUAUGUUUCGCAUUUCUUUUGUAUUAUGAUUUCACUGUUGUCCCAUUUUUUUCUAGUCACGUAAGUGUUUUUGUUUUAUAAAAUAAAAUUUAUGAUGUAUA